CCCCUCCUCCACCUUAAUCUAUUCUUAAAUUGUCGCAUAUUUCAUAGCUUUUGGAAUUGAUAUGCCGAAUUGAUCUCCAUUGGCGCAUCUCUAUCCUUCAUCACCACCACCACCAUCAUCUUUAUCUACACUACACACCAGUCUUAGAGCCAUCACCACCACUAAUAGCUUCAUCAUGAGGACCUCCAGGUCCCUCGCAACCACCGCCCGGAGGCUCUCAACCUCCCUCCGACCAUGUUCAACCCCUUCGCUCGUCCGCCUAGGCGCUGCGGCCCGAACCAUUACGACCUCACGCCCCCUCCGCUCCGGCGCAGCGUCCAACCCAGCCAUGCAGUUCCCAUGUCUCGACGCUCUGGAAACCCGCUCCGCAAACCUCUCUUCCUCUUCCGGCCCCGAGCCGUCCUACACAGCUGGUGAGACGCAAAAGUACCACUGCCGUGAGCCCAUGGUCCUCGACUGGGGCGGCGUGCUGCCCGAGUUCACCAUUGCGUAUGAAUCAUGGGGCACUCUCAAUGCCGAUAAGUCCAACGCCAUCCUACUGCACACUGGCCUCUCAGCGUCGUCGCAUGCUCACUCAACACCCGAGAAUCCCGCGCCUGGGUGGUGGGAAAAGUUCAUCGGCCCCGGCUGCCCGCUCGACACAAACAAGUACCAUGUCAUCUGCACAAACGUCAUUGGCGGCUGCUACGGCUCAACUGGCCCCGGCAGCAUCGACCCUGGCAAUGGCGAGCGCUACGCCACCCGCUUCCCUAUCCUGACCAUGGAGGACAUGGUGCGUGGGCAGUUCCGCCUGCUGGACCACCUGGGCAUCCAGAAGCUCUACGCCUCCGUCGGGUCGUCCAUGGGCGGCAUGCAAUCGCUCGCUGCUGGCACCCUCUUUCCCGACCGCGUGUCCCGCAUCGUAUCCAUCUCUGGCUGCGCCCGCUCGCACCCGUAUAGCGUUGCCAUGCGCCACACGCAGCGCCAAGUGCUCAUGAUGGACCCUAACUGGAACCGUGGCUUCUACUAUGGAAAGGUGCCCCCGCACGCAGGCAUGAAGCUUGCUCGUGAGAUUGCUACCGUCACGUACCGCUCCGGGCCUGAAUGGGAGCAGCGCUUUGGCCGCCGCCGAGCUGACCCGAGCAAGCCGCCUGCGCUGUGCCCGGAUUUCCUGAUUGAGACGUAUCUCGACCAUGCUGGCGAGAAGUGGUGUCUUACAUACGACCCCAACAGUCUGCUGUAUGUCAGCAAAGCGAUGGAUAUCUUUGAUUUGGGGCAUGAGAACCAGUUGGCUGCGCGAGCCAGACGCCAGCAGCGCACGCAGGAUAUGGAAGCAGGUGUUGUGGCGCCAGCAGAGGGCGAUGCAGCGUGUAGCUUGACGCUGCCACAGACGCCGUAUGAGGAGACGGGUGUCCAUACGGAGCAGGAGGUUGGACAAUUUGCAAAGACGGGCCCGCCAAAGGAUCUAGUCAAAGGUCUUGCGCCGCUGGUUAACACACCGGCGCUGGUUAUGGGCGUGGCGAGCGACAUCUUGUUCCCGGCGUGGCAGCAGCGCGAGAUUGCUGAAUCGCUGAGACAGGCGGGCAACCAUAACGUGACGCAUGUUGAACUGGGCGAGGAUAUGAGCUUAUUUGGUCACGAUACCUUUUUGCUCGAUUUGGAGAAUAUCGGCGGCAACAUUCGCAAGUUUCUUGGUUAGAUUAUGGCCAGGUUGAGCAAACAACGAUGUAUAAUAGGCAUAUUUAAUGUAUGAAAUGGAUGACUUGUAUGCACAGCAUGUUGGCAAGUUUGUGUUAAUGGAUGUUUGCGUCUCACACUGGGGCUGGCUAUGAAAAUGUCCUAAACAAAAAAAAAGCGUAUAUUGCAUGUCUGAGUUGCUUCUUCUCUAAUAUCUGUAUUUUGCUAAAGCAUCUAUGUUGCCUGAAUGUACAGCACCGGCUAUCUUACUCGUGCGUCUCACCUCGUCUCAUCACAGCCUCGCGUUGGUUACAGCCUGCAAACUUCAUUUGCCAAGUUCACAAUUUUUCCUGCAA